AUGCAUAAGUGCACGGUGGGAAGACUGUUGAUCUGCUUGCUGAUCGCACUCGUGGCCGGAGCGCACGGUGCCAGCAGCUACGUGUACGACUCCGAGGAGCGCUAUCCGGUGCCGUCGGGUAACCUGCUCGAAGACGAUGUGGAAGACACCGACCGGGCGAGUCUAACGGACGAUGGCCUGCUGGAUAACUACCUACAAUCUGGAGCCUCAAAACGAUCCUCGUUGAUCCAGGUGUACCGGAGGGGCUGCAUUCCGCGGGGUGGCAACUGUGACCAUCGGUCGAACGACUGCUGCCACAACAGUUCCUGCCGCUGCAACUUGUGGGGCUCCAACUGUCGCUGCCAGCGCAUGGGUCUGUUCCAGAAAUGGGGAUGAGCACAGAAUGAGCUGAACCGUUAAGAACACAACCCACCUCUGUUCGAUUUCGAAUGAUUUGUUCCAGUAGACUAGUUGUUAAACUUAAUCCAUGAUUCCUCCGUCGUUUGUGUUCAUUUUAUUCGGUUUUAUUUAACGUUUGGAAUGUGUUUGAUUAUGUGUGACUUUCGUUAGUUGCUCCUAGUUAGUCCAAUCCGUUGCAACCUGUCGACCUUUCCUUUCGAAUCCUCUUGAGAAAACAGACCGCGACACGAUCAAUAAGGACCAUGCGACCGAAUAAUGCUACCGGAAUGAACGGGAAAACCACAACAACCGAGGAAAACGGGAGAAAACACUGGUCUCCGGCUGCGGCUGAUAACGGAACACGGAACUACUAAACCUUUAGCCGAUGCGUUUUGUAAAAGCAAACCGUUUGCAAAGAAGGAACACACAAAAACAAUGCGACCUAGCUGCUCUGGUGGUGACUUAAGAGUUUUAUAUGAUGCACUAGCAAACGGACGGAAAGAGAACAGAUUCUUACCUACAAUACAUAUAUUUAUAAACAUACAAUACAUACUGCAUACAUAGUGCAUAUCUAGCGUACAUUACCGACCCAAAACGACCCGGUCCACCCAUCCCGCCCAACGGACGUGGGUUGGUGCGACCUUACGCGGGCGGCAUCCAUCCCUUCGCCUGCACCGGCAUUUGGCAUGUGUGUUAUGUGUCUGUGUGCCCGGUGUGGACGUUCUUGGGGACGCCCCUCCCCCUGCCGAAGAAGAAGUGUCAAUGUUCAACUGGUUCAAGCAAACCCUGGUGCGCUCGGCUUUUUCCACCUGCUCCGGUAGGAUGUAAUUUUACGUUGUUGUUCGUCCGACUUGUCACAUUCGAAAAUGCACACGACGGACAGUUUACUGUGGACGUGGUUGUGGUCUGGCUGGUGGUUGUGGUGGCUGGUGUCUGGCGGGGCGAAAACUCGGGGUGGAGCACACGGCUGUUUCGGCGGCAAUCGAUCGAACGAAAUUGGCAUACUAAAUAUUCUACUCUAAUCAACUAAACUAAACUCUACUGUGUAAGCUUUUCGGUGUACGUUUGAAAAUAAACACAAAAGUAAUAUGAACCAGAAACCUUCCUCCUACCACCAAACGAGUGGACUAACGCGAUGGCGAUCUUCGGAAAAUGUGCAACAUUCCAGAACAGAUUUUGGUUUGCUUUGAAGGUGUGUAAAGCUUAUGGAACGUUCAAGGUUUUGUUGAAAUAUUUGCAAAUUACAGUAAAUCACCUAAUAUUUUCUUCGAUGGAUAGUACUUCUACCCAGGAAACUUAAUUAGUACCCUCGAAGAAACUUCAUUAGUACCUCAACAUAUAAGUCACGGAUCUUUGAUAAACUUUAUCAUAUUUUUGUCUCCAUUCCUCCUAAACGGCGUUGCCCAGACAAUUACACUUUGGCAACCUCCAUAAACACCUUUUCGAAAAAGAGAAUAACCAGUACCCCACAAUGCACCCUGAAGGAUCAGUUAAGCUGUUGCUGUCGACAGUAAUGCAGACGGCCAUCAACGCCAUCAAGCACGGGAAAAGCUCUUUCAACACAUUUGUUCCAGGAUGGUAAUGUAUGAUACAAGCAGUAGAAGCAGGGAAGUAGAAGUAUAUUUACGACAUUUGAUGCCAAAAUAAGUCGAACCGAUGGUUACUACUAUGACUACAUCUGCAUUUACGUAUAUGUGAAGCGUUAGUAUACAUGCACAACGUAUCAAUAUGCACCUACUUUGUAUAUGACCCCACUGAUGUGACCUAUUGUUAAGCGGUGCCCAGCCACACAGUUACAGCAAGCAGUAGGACACACUAGCAGGCGCAAUAAGUAGAGGCUCGCGUGAAUGGCGGAGGGUUCAUCCAAUCCAAGCACCGACGAUCACCGCGUCCCCGCGGAGCACUUGAUCGGAUCGGAGUUGAUUUAAACCUUAGUAAGCCGAGCGUGACGGAAUGGACGGGAAGCUCAUCUGCUCGAAACCGCGAAAAGCUCUCCGAAAUGGCGAUACGGUAGUGUCCGGUGGUUCCGCUGUACGGUUUGUGCCAGAAGCCAUUCCUCCAGCAGAUCCGGAAGGAACUGUCUUACGGGGAAAACUUCCGCUCGACUGCGGCUAGCUUGUGAGGUUAGCUGAUGUUUGCCCGCCAGCAUUGGCAGCACUGCCUAGAUCUAGUGUGCGGUUGACCGGUGGUGGACCGUUUCCCAGCCUUUCGAUCAAACGAAAAUUAAAAAUCACCCCGUCACCGUACUGCCCAAAGGCUGGGGGCAACGCUAAGGAUACCGAAGACGUCUAGCGUCGCAGUGAGCAGGAGCCCGAUCGCUUUUCGAGAUCUUUUCGUUCUACCGUAGCUCCUCCGAUCGAGCUAGAUCAACGAUCCUUUCUACCCCUUUUCUAUUGACUCCCACAGUAGACGCCAGCAGCGGGGUGCAAUGCCCUGCACAAUCAGCUGGCUCAGCUUUGUAAUUAACCCCUCCCGAAAGCCAUCGCCGGUCAGAGAGCGGCUAAUGUCCAAUCCUACCAAACCGUUGUAAUUGUGACCACCACAGAUGAAGUAAUUCAAGUACAUUAGUAUUAUAUAUGAGAUCGAAGCUAAUAGUGGACUUUGAGCAAACAUACACACACACACACAGAUAAACUCAAACUGAAGAUGAUGUGUGUCUGUUUGUGCUCGUUUUAUGGCCAGCAGACCGUGACGGCGCCGGGCGGCCGCGAGGCGCGCCGGUCGGAAACAAAAUCGUUAGGGAGAAAUGGAGGUGCGCGAGGAGAGAAAAAAAUAAAAUGUACUAAAAAAAAUUAAUAAAAAACUAAUAAAAGAGCAAAUGCCAACGGUGUUGGUAUGCGGGCGAAGAAAACAAAAUAAACCAAUAUACAAACAAACCAUUGCAAAGUUAAUCACACUGUUAGAGAUAUUGCAAAACGAUAA